CAUCCUUUCACAUUUCAAACUGUCCAUUUGACAUUUUUUUAUCGCAUUUUUAUUGGCCUUUUCCUUACCUAUAAUGUGUAAUUUUUGUGUAAGACAUAUUUUCAAAUGCUCCGCCAUGGUUUAAUUUACAUUGUCACUUUUAUGCUAAUUUGUGGGGAAUACAACGCAAUCAACGACGAAGCGAUGCGGCCAUUUGAUGAUAAAUUCUUAGAUGAAAUUUCUGAAAAUAACUUAAAACCCAGAGAGAGCAUUGAUUUUUUGAAGCAGAAAUGUCCACGUUGCUCGAAAAAAAAUGGACACAAUGGGAAAAAAGACGAUUUAAAUAUAAGCGAAAAGGAGUUGGCAAAUAUCGGAAAAAUAUUCAUCCAUCAUUUAGCCAAAGGUGGGCGAAACAGGGUCGAAACCUACGAUACACCACCCAAAGAAAAAUGUGACGAAGAAAACCAUGAACAAUAUGUCGAUAAAGAUUUCGUUGAAUAUAUGCAAAAAAUAGAGAAUAUUACAAAAGAAGGCCAAAUGCUUUAUGACGAACUCCGAGGUCCGCCAUCAAUAAAAUACGAUCCGGAUGUGCAGAAUUCGAAAAACUGCUGCGAAAAAGAAUCACUUAUCGACAAUUCAAACACAAAUCAACAUCAACAUUCAAGUGAUUUAAAAAUGCAUUUUUACAAGUUUACACCUGAUAAAAUCGACGAUAGAAGAGCAAUUAGUUUAUAUCCCGACAGAACUCAGUAUUAUGCAAUACCACAAAAGUAUGAUUACAUCGCUUUUUUGUCAAAUGGCGACAAACUCGUGGAUAUUCCCGCAAUCAAAUUAAAUGUGUUUUCCGAUUAUUUAAAACGGGGCAAGCGGACCAAAAACUUUGUUCCUUAUUUUACCACUUUAUACAAGAAAAACGCCGAUAAUAAAUUACAAUUCGAACCCUCUCAAAGACGUUUCACACACACACCUGUUCUGUUUUUCGAUACAACUUCUGGUGCCAAAAGAUAUAAUGGACGUCUUGCUAAAAGGUCUUCAAAGUCAGACAUUUCAACCAAUAACUAUAUGCAUGACGCUGAUGUGUUGCUAAAUAAAGUUAAUUUCUUUCUAAAGUUGGGAGAUGAAGAAAACGAAAUACGUCAAAUCGCCGGUCAUGUCUUUACGAAACCAAAAAAACAAGUUAAAAAAGAAAUUCAAGAGAAAAAUGGGUUUAAAAGCUGGUUUGAAGACGAUUAUUAUGAAGAGCCACGAGCUAAAAAGGAGAGUCAAAAUGAUCAGUUAGAAACUUCCUCAUCUAAAGAAAAUUUCGGUUUGUUUCUUGAUUUUGAUAGUGAAAAUGAUGAACUAAAAGGAGCAGUAACAACAACCAUGAGAAAAUUGACCACAACGGCGAGUGAGAAAAGUGCAAUAGAUAUGUCGCCCAUUGAAAUCGAAAAUAUGAUGAAGGACGUUGUUGCCAAAAUAGAUCUUCCGCCUUUGGCCAGAAAUGAUUUGGAAAUAAGUCGUCUGGGAUAUCCAAACAACUUGUUAAAUUCUGAAGCAUCGCAGCUGCUCAAAGAAAGAAAUUUGGUAGACGAUUAUGUUAAUUCCGCCCUACUUAAAGAUCAUAAUUUCUUUAAAAGUAAAAUAAAUUCAGAUAAUAAUCUAGAGGAAACAAAAGACGCAGGGCCACAAAUUUUCGAUAAUUUUUUAAUAUCGGAUAAUGACAUGAAUGCAAAUCAAAGUAGUACCACAGAAAACACAACCGAUUCAGAAGCUACUGUAAAACCAGGAAAUAUAUCAUGCGCUUAUUUACUGGAUCUAUUUAAAAACAUUGAAGCGUUAAAGAAAACAGAUCCAAAUUUUCAAAAAAUAUGUCCUAAAUUAUGUGAACUCUCACAUAUUGGUGAAAAUUCAACCACCACUCAAGAAUGUCUGAACAAAACGGAAGAAACUUCUCCAUCACCUACUUCUACUACCACAGAAUCAACAACAAUGGAAACUCCUUCGGUCUCGUCGUUUUCAACAACAGAAAUUUCUUCAUCUUGUCAUACUACAGAAUCAACGACACAAGAAGAAGCUUCAUUUUCACUUUCUCCGUAUAACAUGACUCAUGAACCUCCUCAAAAAACUUCUCCCUUUCCGACUAAAAUUGAAGAAACGACUUCAACGUUAGUAAAACACAGUCAAUCUGUAUCGCCUCAGCAGAGUAACGAUCUUUUAACGUUGUUUCGUUUCACAAAUAAAAUAUCUCGUGACGUGGAAAGAGUUUCAACAGAACAUUUACCUUCAACUCUAAAAACACCAAAAAUUACAGAAACUUUAUGUCUGCCAACUAAAAUUGACGAGACUAAUACAACGGAAGAAAAUAUAUCUCCUCUAGAGGAGGAAAAUGAUCUUUUAGAAUCGUUUCAACUGCUCAAUAAAACGUUUCAAGAAUUAGAAUCAUCAUUUGAAAACCUGACUUCUGGCAAUGAGAAUACAAGUAGUAGUGUUCAAAUAGAAAGUAGUAGCGCCAUUAUAGUACCUGAAAAUUUAACAACUAUUUCGGAGUUAGGAACAAUAUCUACAGUUUCUGAAGUUUCAGAAAAUUCCUCAGAAAUUAUAUCCACAGUUCCAGAAACAAAAAUAACAGAAACUUUAUCAUCUUCAACUACAGAAAUCGGAGUAUUAACGCAAGAAAUAUCUUCAGAAAUUAGUAUGAAUUCCGUACCGGAAGCUACAGUUACAACAGAGGCGGAAUCUACGUCACAAACUUCUGCUACAAAUUCAGAAACAUUAAGUAGCACUCAAGAAACAACGCAAACAACUCUUGUAACUGAAAUUAGUACAACUACAGAAACUACUUCUGAAGUUACAACGACUGUCGCCACGAUUUCUUUGCAAUCUGAAAAAACCACAACAUUAGAAACUAGCGCUAGUAUGGAAAUUGAAACAAUAUUACUGAGAACUAGUUCUGCUGCUUCACUUUCAGAGUUAGAAAAAACUAUAAUUCCACAAACAAGUUCAAUCAACUCAGUAGAAAAACAAACGUUUGAAUCUAGAGAAAGCUCAAGUACGAACAGCCCUACUUUCAAAGAACAAUAUGCAGAAGAAGAUUUCGCGCAUUUUACAAAACCUGUCCCAACAAGUGUUUUGAAAAUGGAAGGAAUUACAACUACCGAAUAUUCCUCAUCAAUAGCAACACUAGAAACUAGCGCUAGUACGGAAACUGAAACAAUAAUACUGACAUCUAAAUCUGCUAGUCCACCUCCAAAGUUAGAGGAAACUUUAAUUCCACAAACAACAUUAACAGAACUUCCAACAGAAAAACAAAUGCUUGAACCCAAAGAAAGCUCAAGUACGAGUGGUACCAACAAAGAAGAAUAUGCAGAAGAAAACUUAGCGCAUUUCACAAAACCUGUUCCUACAAGUGUUUUAAAAAUAGAAGAGAUUACAACCAACGAAUAUUCUUCAUCCGCAGAUGAAGUGGCUAAAAUUUCUGCUACUCCUGCAGAAGAUGUGAAACUAACUUCACUUGCAAAGAUACUUUUCCCUCCAUAUGUCCACAUACCAACAUAUAAAACAAACGAAGCUGAAGACAAUGUUCCAAAAGAAACAAUUCCUUCCUUAACUUAUACAACAAAUGAACUUCAACAAAAUAGUCCCACAGUAUAUGCUCCUUACGGUCAUAUCAUAACUUCUAGAACUAAUCAGUUUCAAGAAAAUACUACUACAGCGAUACCACCACCAUUUUCCCUUCCACCAACUUAUAGAACAAAUGGGUAUCCUAACAAUCCCACCCAGAUCCCAAGUUAUAAACCAACCAAGGUAGGAGAGGAGAGUCCGAAAUUUACUCCUCUUCCUCAUUCAUCUAAGUCUCUAACCAAAUCAUCAACUUUGGAAGAUGGUUCAAACGAAUAUAUCAACUAUAGAGACGAAGAACUUAGUGCCAUUCUCGAUUUAUUAGGCCACGAUUUGGGUACCAGUACUAUCCGCACCGAUAAUAAUAAUACCUGUGAAGGUAUACUAGGCAAAAUCAAAAGGAAAGUUUUUAGUAAGUUACAUACCGCUCAAAAAGACUUGAAACUAGUUUUAGCCGUAAAAAAUUUACUUCUCAAAUCGAAAAAUCGGGAAAAAAAUAAUGGAAAAAGAAGAAAAAAAGAUGUACAGCUUUAUAGUGUUCCUCAAUUCAAAAAAAAAAGAGCACCAUCAGUUUCUAAGGAGGAAAGAAUGAAGGAAGUAAAAAGACUGGGGAAAAUUUUGCAUUGGAGAAACAUGGAAUUUAUCAAGAAGUCUGCGAAGAAACGGAAGAAAAGGAGAAAAUGAUAAUUAGAAUAAAAAAUAGCUAUGAAUUUCUAAGCACUUUCCAAGAAAUUCAGAGGGGGACCAUACAACAAAGUGUCUAAUAUCAUAUAAUUUUAAGUGAUAACAAAUGAAAAUAUGAUGAUAGGCUUGAAAAUGCUAUGAUAUUAAACGAAAAUUUUCU